CUGUAAUCAGUCUGUGCGUUAGCGGAUUUAAAAAAAAAAAAAAAAUCUGCCGGCAAACCAAACCCGGUAUUUCCUGCGCCUGCCUCUACCGUUGGAAUCGAAGUUAAACUCUGCCUCCUGGUAGCGACCUAAUAAGUAGUAUCAUGGCUGGAGACGGAAAGCCUGUUGGCUCAUCAAUGGCGUGGAAGAUGAAAGCCUAUGCGUUGCCUCUGCUUCUCUUCACCCUUUCUCUGUUCUAUCAACUUGCUGUUCUCCCUAACUCUUUCCCUCCUUCCCACUACGACGUGCUGGGGAUCAAACGCUAUAGCUCAGUUGAAGAAGUGAAAGAUGCUUAUGAGCGCCUCUCUUCUAAGUGGAGAUCGGGUGAGGAGAUUCCUGCAACUGUUGAUUUUCUCAAGGUCCGAUAUGCUUUUGAGUUGCUGACAAAUCCCAUUUGGAAAAGGGACUAUGACUAUUUCGGCAUUGAUGAGCAACUUUCGGUUCUUGACGCAGCCAAAUUGCAGUAUGCUGAAAAUAGCUUUUCACAUGUGGACCUUCCAUUGAUUAAUGAUACCUCUUUUGGAGAUCAAGCUCUAAACGGGAUGUCAUCUUGGGAUGGAGCAACUAAUAAUUCUAAGCCACUCCUCCUUCUGGUGUGAAUUUCACCCAUUACUCUUUAAUUUUGAUCAGAUAACUUCUUAUUUCAUACUUACACUAACUCGAGUUUGCUUCUAUGUGUUUCAUUGGUUUGUGCUCUCUUUCAUUAAAUAUCACUAUUAAUAUCAUGUUCCAGUUAUACUCCAAAGGAAGCAACCGUUGUGCUAGAUUUCUGGAAACAUGGAAGCGAAUUGCUGAUUUUUUGGAAGGAACUGCUACUAUUGGCAUGGUGGAAGUUGGUGAGGUUCAAAUGGCAACAUCAUUUGCUGAGAGAAAGCCAACUGGCCAGUUCUUCUUCAGAAAUGGUCUCCCAUCUCUUGUUGCUCUUCCAUCGGGCUGCCAGACAUCAGAUUGUCUUAUGAGGUUUGAGGGAGAUUUAUCUGUUGAUGCUGUCACCGACUGGUUUGCAACUUCUGUUAUAGGGUUACCUCGAAUUCUGUACUAUUCAAAGGAGUCACUAGUACAAAAUUUCAUGGCCAAGAGUGGUCCCCAUAAGGUCAAAGUCAUUUUCUUCUCCAAAACAGGAGAGCGUGCGGCUCCAUUUGUUCGUCAAGCAGCUAAACAUUAUUGGGCUCAUGCAUCUUUUGGAUUCGUCUUAUGGCGUGAAGAGGAUUUUUCCUUCUGGUGGAAUUCUUUUGAGAUCGAAUCUGCCCCAGCUGUUGUAUUUGUCAAAGAUCCAGGUCUCAGACCUGUGGUCUUCCAUGGUUCACUCAACAAUUCAGUGCUCUUGGAUCUCAUGGAAAACAAUAAUCAGCAUGAACUUCCUCAACUUAGAAGCGUGACAUCUAGAAAACUUGGCUGUGAUGCCCGGGGAUACUCUCAAGCGGGAAAUCAUGUUACAUCAUGGUAUUGUGUUAUUGUAGCAGGUAGACUGAGCCCAGAACUCAACAAAAUGCGUGAAACCUUGCGCAGGGUGCAAGAACUACAGUCUGGUGGUGGUGACUUGAGUAUUGAUAAAGAGCAGUCUUCAUCGAUGGUAAUGGCACUGAAAAGUAAGCGAUUGACAUUUGCAUGGCUUGAUGGGGAAGCUCAGGAGAAAUAUUGUUCAUUCUACCUUCAGUCAGAAACCAGCUAUGAUACUUGUGGACCUAGGAGGGAUGUGACUGAUGAACCUAAGUUAUUCCUUGUACGUUAUAAGAGGAAUGAAACUGAAGCUGAUAUUGAGGCUGAAAAAACUCAAAAGAACAAAUGGAAUGCUCUGCUAAAUGAAGAUGUGGAUCCUGCAUCACAACUGGUCGCACGAUACAAUGGCUCGAGUGAGAUCCCUGAGAUCAUCAAAUGGAUAUCUCAAACAAUCAGUGAUGGUGACACCAGGGAUCUCCCUUUCUAUAGAACUAAAACCCCUGAUCUUGUACCUGAGGACUCAGAACCUAUGUGGUCAAGAGGUGCCCAAAGCGUUCUUUCGAAAAGCAUUGGGGUUAAACACAGUUUUCGCAGAAUCAUAAGCAGAAUCAGUGAUCAUGUUGGAGACCCGAGGAUCGGGCCUAUGCUACUGCUGGGUGCUUUAAUGUCUUUUGGGACAAUAUGGUUGAGCAGGAGUCAACAAAAGCCUCACACUCAGCCAGGCCAGCAGAAUGAAUCGGCUGAAGAGGAUGAAGCUGUGAAAAGGCGAAGAGAGAGAUCAAGAAAUGCGCGAAAGAAAGAUAAACCGCCGUCCAUGACAGAUUCGGAACCCAAAGAUGCUUACCAAAUGCCUAUGUCAGAUUCUGACUCAGAAUAGUUCUUUAGAGGACACGAUAGGCCAAAGGAGGUUGAUCCAACACUCAACAAGCUUCAUCUAAUUUCUGGGUUUGUCUUUCACCAAUUCGCAACACAUACACAUGCCACAGACAUUGUAACAGAGUGGACAGAUCUAUUCGCAGGUUUGUAACUUGUAUGGAAGAUACACUUCCAUCCGCAUAGGCUUAUCUCCCAACUGUAAGAUGUGGAACGUGAACUGGUUGGUUUAAUUUAAUUUAAGCUUGCGAAGUUGGUACUGACCUUUCUAUAUUGUCAGACUCGGACUACGACACUUUGAGUGGUCUGUCUGUCUGCGGUGCGGCGAUCGUUACAAACUCAUUACACAUGGAUGAUACAUAUAUAUGGGUAAAUGUCAUGAUUGGGCAAU